AUGACCGACACAGGUUCCGGGUUCCUCCAGUGGACCAUCAUCCUCGUCUUUACGGCCCUCGUCCUCGCCACCGUGGUUCUGGCCCAGACCGUCGCCUCCUACUCGUCGGCUUACGUCGCCGCCCCCAAGGAGGUGGCUGCCUACAUCGACACGGUCGACUUCUCCAUCCAGGAGAACGAGAGCUACGACCGCGACGUCGCCAAGGUCCAGCGCCUCGAGGACAAGAUCCGCCUCGGGCGCCUGCUGCGCGAGAUUCAGCGCUGCGGCGACGACCUGCGCGAGGAGCUCGACGGCCUGGUCAUGGACCAGGGCACCACCACCCUGCGCACCUCGUCGCGCCUGCUCUGGGCCUACCUCCGUCCAUCCCUCGACGACCGCGUGCGCCGCCUCGACCUGCUGCGCAUGCGCUUCCUCGUCGUCUACAUGGGAAUCAUCACCUCCAUCGCCGACAGGCAGCCACCCCCCCCGCCGCCUCUGCCACGCGGCGACCCGGAGAAGACUGCCUUCUCCCCUACCGGCCACGCCCAUAACCAUCAUCAGGCGGCGGCCGCCGCCGCCCAUCACCGCACCCUCCCGGUCACGCCCUCCAAGCCGCCACUGUCACGCUCCGCCACCAUAGCAGAGGAUCACGCAAAGCGCCCGCCCCUCCGGAGGCUGACUACCCAUGCCAUCGGCCACAACGAGAAUACCGGCCGUCCUCAUCGCAAAGGCUGGGCCGGUGUCGUCGAGGAGCUGCAGACUUCGCCAAAGAUGCACAAGCGCCAUGCUUCCAUAGAACAGGCCAUGGCUCUGGAUAAGACGCCGCCGUCUGCAUGA